CGGCGUUAUACAUGCUCUUCUCGACUUACGGAGCGGUGCUAGACGUUGUGGCUCUCAAGACGAUGAAGAUGCGCGGUCAGGCGCACAUCGUGUACAAGGACAUCCAGACGGCGACACAGGCGAUGCGCGCGUUAGACGGCUUUGAGUUCUUUGGUCGUCAGAUGAAAAUCUCCUACGCCAAGGGCAAAUCCAACAUCAUCGCCAAGCUCGACGGCACCUUCAAGAUACCCACAGCCGCCGCCCGCGUCGAGGUAACCGACCUCCAGCAGAGCAUCUUCAACGCCCCCGUACCCGGCGCGGCCCCAGCAGCCCCUGCUCCCUCGUCGAAGCCGCCAGGCGCGGACCACGCCAUGGCCGACGCCGGCACCCCCGAGAGCAGGGGUGUAAAGCGGCCGCGCGAGGAGGAAGAAGAGGAAGAAAGCGACCAGGAUGUGGCGAUGGAGGAGGAAAGCGACGAAGAAUGAUACCCCGUGCUGUCAUCCAGAGGCGAUCAAGGUUGAAUGAUGGGGCCUGCGGCCAACCCCUCCCGCUUCACGAUUUGAGCACCAUCUCUGCCGGUACCCACAGCCCGACACAGCCUCCCACCAGGCCGAGCCACACCAUCAGGUAGUUCUCCUUGGAGCAGUCAAACCGCUCCAUGGCCUCACCAAGGAGGCAGGGAUGGACAAAGAAGCAGGGGACGCCUGUAACUGGGUGGUGCUGCAGGAUAUAAGAUG